AGGGAAAAAAGUGAAACCCUAAACUAAAAGCUACCCUCUCUCUCUUCGAGCAGCAGCAGCCCCAUCCCCCUCCCUCUCUCAAUCUCACUCAAGAAGGAGAGCCUCUGACUCUCACACUCCCAAAAAAGCACGCCCACCGCCACCGCCACCGCCACCGCCGGGCUACUCUGCUUCGUCUCGUGACUCUCGCGUCGGCCCCUGUGCAUCUCCUUCCUGGCUCGUCGCCUCCUCUGCGUGACAGCGUCUCGCGUCCUCGUCCGGCGUGGCUCACCGUCGCUGCUGCCUUCCCCUUGCCAGACUUUGCUUCGCCGUGCUUGGUCUCCCUCUUCUCAGUGUCGCUGCUAGCCACUGUUUUGCGCCGCCGGUUGCCCCGCUUCCACUCUGUCACGUCAGACGUCGCCGCUGUCAGCCAGUGCUGUGCUCCGUCGCCUGGCUCACCUCUGCUCCUUCACGUUUCUGCCAUUCCUUUUCCUUUUUUUCUUCCGUGUCUCUCUCUCCCUGGCCCACUGCCUCCCGGUCCGCCGUUAACGCCGUCAGCCGCUGCCUUGCACUGCACUGCUCCUUCGCCACUCCUUGCUUUACUCAACCCGUGUCAGUGGCUCUGGCUUUCUGCUCAUUAGUACAAUAUGCUCACUCCAAGUGCAAACAGUAGGCUGAAGCGUAAGAUGCUUGAGACACAAACCCAAUGCAGUGAAGAGAAAGAAGAGCCUAGAGAACUUGAUAGUAAAAUUGGAAAAGUUGAUAGGGUGCUUGGUUCUCCACAGGAUCCUAAUGUUAGGUCGGGUGCCAUAUUUAUAUUGGAAAAUGCUUCGCUGAAGAAAGGACUCGUUAAAAAGGAGUGGAAAAUCCUCAAUUCACAUGAUGAUGCCAAUCUUCUGUUGAAGCAAAAUAAGAGUCUUAAUGAUUAUCGACCAGACAUUGUUUUUGAGGCACUCCGUAGUGUUAUUGAUAGUCCACUUAAUAAAUAUGGUUUGGUGGAAGCUAUAUUUGUGAAAAUUGAUGGAGGAGCCCUAUUUGAAAUCAAGCCACAUGUUCGCAUUCCUCGAACUUGUAAACGUUUCUGUGGUCUCAUAGUGGAUUUGCUUAGAAAGUCUCGUGUUUGUGCUAAAGAUACAAAUGAAGUACUUAUUCGUGUUGUUGAAGAGCCUGUAAUGCGCCAUUUACCAGUCAAUUCUCAUAUAGUAGGCCUCUCUUAUAAUUCAAAGAAGGUGGUCCACAUAGAUGACUAUGUUUCUUCCCUAAGUGAUCAUAUGACGCCUGUUUUUGUGGUGGGUGCAAUGGUAAAUGGGAAAGUAAAAGAAGACCACACACAUGAUUAUAUUUCUGUUUCUGAUUAUCCACUUGGUGCUAAAUGCUGCGUAGGCCUUAUCUGUGAUGCAUUGGAGCAAAAAUGGAAGCUAUUCUGAAAUAAUGAGUUACAGAAAGGGUUCUAAGUAAAAUUAUAAAUGAGUCAACAUGCUAAUUUUACCAAGUAAAAUUAUAAAUGAGUCAAAAUGCUAAUUUUACCUUUGUUAUUUAAUGUAAAGAGUGCCAUCGUCUCUAACUAUUUAGCUACAGAUAGUCAGCUAUUUUUUAUUUUUUCAUUUUUUGUACAUUUACAUGCUCUCCCAAUGCAUUAGUACUCUCAGCUACUCUUUUUUAUUUUUUAGGAAACACAACCAUUAGUA